UUGUAGCCUGUUCAUGGCAGAUACAGUACUGGCGAACGCGCACUGACGCUCCCCACAGACUCGCGCGCGCGCGCGAACGUCAGAUGGAGCGAAACAUCCUGACAGGAGCAGGGAUUUUAUUACAGUUCACUAAACGUCACUGGAUAACUGGAUUUGUACUUUUUCCCUUUGUAUGUGAUUAACUGAAGCAAGAAAGCGAGAUGUCUUCGUCCACAGAGAUGACGGCCACUACGAAGAUCACUCCUGAGGUGCUCCAUGAACUCCUGCAGUACUACAACCUCUCCCGGCAGGAAUUUAUCGACACCUACGACAUUCAGCCUCUGGUUUACAUCCCUGAACUCCCUGCCAGAGCCAAAACCACGUUUGUCGUCAUGUACGUGAUUAUUUUCGUGCUGGCGCUGGUUGGAAACAGUUUGGUGGUUUAUAUUGUGGCGCGUAAACGCGCGAUGCGAACGGCGACCAACAUCUUCAUCUGCUCGCUGGCGGUCAGUGAUCUGCUCAUCACCUUCUUCUGCAUCCCGUUCACACUGCUGCAGAACAUCUCAUCAGAGUGGCUGGGAGGGGUACUAGUAUGUAAGACCGUUCCUUUUGUGCAGACCACUGCCAUUGUAACCGGCAUCCUCACCAUGACCUGUAUCGCUGUCGAGAGAUACCAGGGCAUCGUUUAUCCGCUCAAAAUGAAAAGGCAGUACACACCAAAACGAGCCUACAAAAUGUUAGGGCUGGUGUGGAUCGCUGCGGUCAUGGUUGGAUCACCGAUGCUGUUUGUGCAACAGUUAGAGGUGAAGUACGACUUCCUGUACGACCACCAUCACGUGUGUUGUCAGGAGCGCUGGCAUUCGCUGGUGCACCGUCAGGUUUACACCACCUUCAUCAUGGUGGCGCUGUUCCUGCUGCCGCUGGCUGCCAUGCUCUUCCUCUACAGCCGCAUCGGGAUCGAGCUCUGGAUCCGGAAACGUGUAGGAGACUCUUCCGUCCUCAGCACCAUGAACCACAGAGAGGUCAACAAAAUCUCCAGGAAGAAGAAACGUGCCGUCAAAAUGAUGAUCACCAUUGUGCUGCUGUUCACCAUCUGCUGGGCACCAUUUCAUAUCGUGCACAUGCUGUUUGAGUACAAUGACCUGGAGAAGAACUACGACGAGGUCACGGUGAACAUGAUCAUCGCAGUGGUCCAGGCCAUCGGCUUCUCCAACUCCUUCAACAACCCCAUCGUCUACGCCUUCAUGAACGAGAACUUCAAGAAGAACUGCGUCGCCACUCUUUCCGCUUACCUGCGGCGUCCCGGCCACCAGGGCGGCGCCGUACAGCGGCCGAACCUCAGCGUGCACUUCUCCAAACACCUCAAAACGGAGGCGUUCAGCAGCAACACCAGCGGGAACAACGGAAACCUGCAAACGCAUCGGAACCGAGUGUUGUCCUCUUCACAAGGUGAUCUGGAGAUAUCGACGGCAUUCGCCGAGCAGAAAGUCACAACCGCUACAUCCCAGCUACCUUCCAGCAGCUCCUGCGUGAAAUAAACUCAGUAUGGGCAGACGAGAACAUAACUGCUAUCUGUUGACAUCAUUCGCAGAGGAUCCCAGACAUUGAGGUGUUCUUGGCAACAAAUGCAGCCUUAAUCUCAAUACUGCUGUCGGAUGAGCUCGGGAUGUCAAAUCCAUGACAGGAGACGCAAAAAGAUGUCCUAGCGGUUCAUGUGCAGCACAAUGGAAACAUUCAACAGACUGACCUCACUUGAACAAGUGCAAAGACCAGCUUUCUGUCAUUGUUUACUAGCCAUCAUGUCGUUCCAAACACUGAUGCUGUUAUUUUUUUCUGUGGAACAACAAAAAGGGAAUUUUUGAAGAAUCUUCAGCUCUAUAAAACAGUUCACGGUGAUCACAACUGUCAAGCAAAAAUAACAAAAGCACAGGGCCUAAAAGCACAUGGUGAAGGGAAAAUAUAUUUCCGUGCUUUCUCGGGGGAACGCAACAGUGUUAUUUUAGUAUCAAUAGCUAUGUUUCCAUCUAAAGUUGCAGAUUUAGCUUGUUCGCAAAAUUUGAACAAUUGGCGCCAAAUAUCACUAUGAAAAGUGAAAAUUGCUGAAGCCACUGUGGGUGUUUUUAUUCAAAAACAAUUGCUACUUUUCUAAAAGAAAAAAAAGAAUUUCUACUUUUCUCAAAAUGAAUUCGCUACAAAAACUUUUAAUAAAUUUAUUCAAAACGCAUCGCUAAUUUCCUCAAAUAGAAUUGCUACUUUUAAAAGAAAAUUACUACUUUUAAAAAGAAUCACUACAUUUAAAAAAAAAUUGCUACAUAUUUAAAACACAUUGAUACAUUUAUUCAAAAAGAAUUGCUACUUUCCUCAAAAAGAAUCGUUACUUUUAAAAGAGAAUCGGUACUUUUUAAAAAAAAUUGCUACAUUUGCUACAAAAAAAUACAUGUAUUCAAAAACAAUCUACAUUCAUUCACAAACGAUCGACACAUUUAAAACGCGUCGAUACAUUCAAAAACAAUCAAUACAUUUAUUCAAAAACAUUAGAUAGAAAAGCAAUAAGCACUGUCAUGUUAUCUUGCGUUCGGAGGCGGAUGCUGUUUGGGAACACUGCCGUGUAAGACAGCUCUGGGAAGGAAAUUAAACUGAACCACUAUGAUGACAGACUUUGGCAUUGAAUGAACAUUACAACAAGAUUGUCCGCUGGUUAGUCCAGUUAUGCCGCCACAUCGUGCAAAGUCACAUGACUUUUUGAUGCACAAUGAGGAAUUUAUUCGGUAAAUGUGUUUCCAUUGUAAUUUAUGUGCAUAUAUUCUUACUGUAUAAAAAAAAAAUCCGACUCAAUGUAGCAAAGUUUUUUUUAUGCGCAUUUUAACGUUUCCAUCCAACAUUUUUUAUGCAAUAUCCCAAAAUGUGCAUAAAAAUAGGUGAGUGGGAAAAUGGCUUGAUUUAUGUAUAAGUUUUUAUUUUUGUAUUUUAUGUUUUCAUUUAAUUUUAGGUAAAAGUUUAGUAAUUUUUGCUAUUUUUUUUUUAGUGAUUUUUGUUAUUUAUAAUGUAAUUUGUUUUAAAUUUUUAUUUAUUCAUUUUGUUUUAGUUAUUUUAGUACAUCAAGUCAAACUAAAGGAGAAAUGUUGCUUUGGUAACUAGAUAAAAUAGAUUUUUGAGUGCAAAAUGCAUUUAAAUAUAUAUAUUUUUGACAUGAGGGUGAGUAAACAAUGACAGAAUGUUAAUUUUUCUCUUUAUGUAUAAUGCAUUAUAAAGUUUUUCAUAAUGCACACUGUAAUGCAUUAUAUCUUUUCAUAAAUAAUCAUAGCCAAAGUUAAAAUGCAUUAUAGUAUUUGCAGAUUUGGUUGUUUGUCAUGUGUUUUAAUGCAUUUUACUUUCUAAAGGUGUAACAGUUGAGUAUUAUAAAGUAUUAAAACUGUGGUUACAAUUA